AUGGCGCGCGGCGGCCUCGCCCACCAGCUCGCCACGCUCCUCCUCUUCGUCCUGCUCGCCACGUCUCUCGCCGCAGGAGCUUCCGAGGUAGAGGCGGACCUCACGCCGGCGGCGCCAGCGCAGGGCGUGUCCGAGGCGGCGGCGGUGGAGCCGGACGCGGACGCGCAACAGCACCUCCUGCCACGGCCGCUCGUCAUCGAGCUCCCGUCAGCGCGGGCCGCGGAGGAGCCCGAUCCCGAUGCCGACGUUGACGACGUGCCGACGGACGUGCGCUGCGCCAGCUGGCGGCUAGCGGCGGAGGCCAACAACCUCGCGCCGUGGAAGGCGUUGCCGCCAGAGUGCGCGCAGCACGUGCGGGACUACGUCACCAGCGCCGUCUACCGCUCUGACCUCGAGCUCGUGGGGCGGGAGUCCACCGCUUACGCGCGCGCGGCCUCCAUCAGCAGCACCGCCUACGCGCGCGCGGCCACCAUCAGCAGCACCGCCAUCUCCUUCUUGGCCGCGGCGGCGCGGGAGGCAGGAUUCGUUGCGGAGGUCCGCGCGCGGGUCCGCGCCGAGUGCCCGGGAGCCGACGUCGCCGUGCUGCCGCUCGACCUCAGCUUGCUCGCCUCCGUGCGCCGCUUCGUCAAGCGGUUCCUCGACCUCGGCGUGGAGAUGACCUUCGCCACAAACUACCUAGGCCACUUCCUGCUCACCCGGCUGCUGCUGGACAAGAUGGCCGAGACGGCGAGGGACACCGGCGUCGAGGGCCGCAUCGUCAACGUCUCCUCCACCAUCCACAGCUAG